AUGGUAGAUAAUGUAUUUUCACAAAAAUCUCCUUCCUUUGACAUGUGCAUCAAUCACCCUCAUGAACUCUCAGAGGAUCUAACCACACCAUCCUCUAAAAGAUCUAGGGGUAGACCUAAGGGCUCCAAAAACAAACCUAAACCACCUUCCAUGAUCACGGUAGAAUCUGAAACUUUCAUGAAACCGAUUUUUAUUGCAAUCCCUGCUGGAGAAGAUGUGGUCGAGUCGAUAAUAAAGACGGCUCGGUGUCAUGAAGCUGAUAUAUUAGUGUUGAGAGGUUCUGGUCUUGUCUCUGAGGUUACGCUUCUUAACUCGGCGUGCUUAAACUCUCCAUUCACUAUCAGAGGAAACUUGCAAAUGACAUCUCUUACUGGAACUUAUUUUAAUACGGAUUCCGAUCGUGUUCCUUCGGAGUUUGUCCUCGACCCUGCUUAUUCUUCUUUCACCAUUUUCCUAUCUGGUAAUCAUGGUCAAUUAUUUGGUGGAGUUGUUAGAGGAAAGGUCAGGGCUUCAAGUGUUGUUUUGAUUUCUGCCACUCUUUGUAAGAAGCCAAAGUUUUAUAGGGUGGCCUCUAAUAAUGAAGAUCGACGUGAAGAUAAAAAUGUUGAUUCAAGACUUGGUGGUGCUGUCAUCCAUAAUGUUGUUGUUCCACCACAUAACAACAAUAACAACGUUUCCAAUGUGUCCAGUGCACAUGCAUUGACACAACUCCACUUUUACUAA